AUGUUGGUCCGUGACGCGUCUCGUCUCGACGUCUGGUGUCUCCGAGGCGGUUAUCCAGCUAAGUUGAAAAAGGUGUUAAUAGUGACGGCACCGUUGUGGUUCAAGGCUCCAUUCCGUAUCCUACGACUGUUCGUGCGUGAGAAGCUACGUGAGCGCGUGCACACCGUGAGCGCGCCACAGCUUGGCGCCCACGUGCCACGAGCCAGCUUGCCCAAACAGCUCGGCGGACAGCUGGAACCUGACCACGCCGCCUGGCUGGAACACUGCAGGAAAUGUUAUACGAACAACUUGAACACGAAACUGGACGGUGUCAUUGAUGACUAUGUGAUUAGUAAUCAUAUACCGCCCAUCAAGACACAGAAUGGUAUAAUAGAUGCGGAUGGGUCGUGUGUCAUGAACGAUACACAAGACAUCAUGCACAUAAGCGACGCUCCGUACACUUGCGACCCGAACCCUUUGAGACACACACACGGCUACAAUGGCGAUAUGAAGACAGGACACAUUAAUUCCGGCGAUGAAGACGACUUGGAUUUAAUAACCCGCGGCACGUGGUCGUCGGGCGAGGCGUCUCCCGGGGCUUCGGACGAGGAGUGCGGCGGGGGCGGAGCGCCCGAGACACCCGCCGCCCUCCUGGCCAGGGUCAACGCCCUCGGACGAAGAGGUCUCUGCGCCGAGUACGACGAAAUACGAGCCAGACCUCUAGCCGGGACCUUCCAUCACGCUAAACUGCCGGCCAACUUGUCCAAGAACCGCUACACGGACGUGUUGUGUUACGACCACUCGCGAGUGGUGCUGUCCACGCUUGACGACGAUCCUCACUCGGACUAUAUCAACGCUAACUACGUGGACGGGUACAAGCAGAGGAACGCGUUCAUCUCCACACAAGGUCCAUUACCAAAAACAUUCGGCGACUUCUGGCGCAUGGUGUGGGAGCAAGGAUGUCUUGUGAUAGUGAUGACUACUAGAACCGUGGAGAGGGGUCGCGUUAAAUGCGGGCAGUACUGGCCGGGGGUUGCCGGACAGAGUUCCGUAUACGGUGGACUGUCCGUAUAUACGGAGGCUGUAGAUGAGGGUGACCAUUAUACGGUGACCCACCUCGUACUGACGGACACUAGGACCGACCAGCGGAGGAAGAUCUGGCACGGACAGUACACGAGGUGGCCGGACUAUGGUGUACCGGGUGGGGGCCGAGCCGCGCCUGUAUUGGCCUUCCUAGAGGAUGUACGAAGGGCGCAGCAGCGGGCCACCAACGAGCUGGGCGACUCGUGGGCUGGUCACCGUCGCGGGCCGCCGAUGAUAGUCCACUGUUCAGCGGGCAUCGGCCGCACGGGCACCUUCAUCACGCUGGACGUGUGCCGCGCGCGCCUGCUGGCCGAGGGCGCGGCGGACGUGCGCGCGGCCGUCGAGCGCGUGCGGGCACAGCGCGCACACUCCAUACAGAUGCCGGACCAGUAUGUCUUCUGUCAUCUGGCGCUGCUCGAGUACGCGGUACGUGCGACACACGCACACACAGACACACAGAGAGAGAGAGAGAGAGAUAGAGAGAGAGAGAUCCAUUAUAGAGAGCGGUCAGGAGUUCCACGUUCAUCCUUCAUACAUACCGAGUCUAUAACAACAACGCACAUAGAGGGCAGUCUGACCGCGGUGCUCUUUGUGAUGCACGGGUACCUAGAGUCUGCUGAUCUGACGGGCUUCGACGACGAAAACGACGACGAGUCCGAAUGA